GAGUUGGUGGGCGAAUAUCCGUUGUCAACAAUGAACGCUUUGUUGGGCUGAAGAGUAUGCAAAUCUGCUAAAUUUCUAGACUAUUAUUUCACACUUGAUAGAGUUUGGCGAAAAUAAAUAAAUUUGUAUAAAAACCAGCAAGUCUCCCAACGUCAACAAUUAUUGUGGAAAAUAUCUAAAAUGAAACGCAUCGCUCUUACACUCGCUCUGGUCGCAAUCGGUGGCUUCGCCAUCUGUGCUGCCUUUGACAAGGAGGCUGCAGUGGCUAUGUUCAUGGAAAAGGCGAAUAAUUGCUUGGCCGAGGUGGGUGCUGCCCAGAGCGAUAUCGACGAGAUUUUGAAAAAGCUACCAGCCACUACGGAAGAGGGAAAGUGCCUUCGAGCCUGCAUCAUGAAAAAGAUGGGAAUCAUGAAUGCCAAUGGCAAGUUAGAUCCGCAGGCUGCACGCGUGAAGGCUAAGGAAUAUACAGCGAACGACCCUGACAAAAUGAAAAUCGUCGAUGAGAUUGGCGCCGUUUGUGGAGCACUCAGUGUGCCAGAUGAUCAUUGCGCAGCCGCCGAAGUGUACGGAAAGUGUUUGAAGGAACAGGCUAAACAGCACGGCAUACCUCUCGAUUAAGUUUGUGACAAAUGAAUAUCAAAAGGACGACGCAUUAAAACACUAUCCCCAUAGAUUUAUUUAAAAUAAAAGAUCAAUUUCAUAAAAUGUA